UCUCUCUCUCUCACCCAUCCUCGUCCCCUUCUUUUCCAUUCCCUUACCUGUGGAUGCCUUCCCUCUCCUUUACCCCAACUACCUUUUCCUCUCAUCAGGUAGCUUUCUUUCACACCUGGACCGUGAAGAGCCUCCGAUAAUCCGCCAUAUCAUCAGGCGGUGGCGUUACUAGGUCAUCGAGUAAUAGGUCACUGAGUUCUACUUGGCUGCGGGUUGCUGAGUGCCAGGCUGCCGGGGUCACUUGAGUAUCACUGAGUACCGCACCAUCAAGCACCCGUUCAUCAAGUACUAGUUCAACGAGUACUAGGUCACCAAGUACUAGAUCAUCCGAUACCAUGUUACUAGUACUAGGUCAUCCAGUACCAUAUCACCUAAUACUGUCAUGUCACCAAACACUAGAUAAUUUGUACCAGAUGAUCGAGGUCCAUAUCACUAGUAGCAGGUCAGUGCCAGGUCACCAAGUAGCGUUGAGUUGCACUGAGAGAUCAUUAUCACGUUGACCUGCUUUCGUGUCUCGUCUCACCGUAAGCCCAUUUGUCAGCUUAUUGCGCUCUCUCCCGGUGACGCCUUGCCUGGUGACGCGCUGCCUGGUGAUGGAUUGGGCGCUACCUUGUGAUUUAUCGACGUCUUCCCGUGUGAUUUACCGAGGCCUUAAGUGCUGAUUUCCUGGUGCCUGGCUCGGUGACAACGCCCUGCAUGGUGAUAUAUUGGUGCUCGCCCUUGUGACUUACUGCGCUCUUUGUGAUGACUCCAUGCCGUGCCUCGCGACUUACUGGCCCGUCAGUCCUUCGUAAUUUUCUCGUCACUUGCCGGGAGUUAGUACGAAUUCGCACGCAAUAACCUCCUACCAUGCACCACGUUAAUCGGAUGUAAAAAUUUCAAACCUGAAACCUAACCAUUUUUACACAUGCCUGAUUUUCUUUUUUCUUUUCCGUGGCCAGCGUCAUGUAACACAAAUCAGUGGUGACCUUGCUAGUAUAGAUAAACCCGCGCACUGCCUCACACCACCCGAGGGACGGACGGAGGACAGGUGACAACAAGGGUGGUGGCGAACCUUACCUGUGACGCCCUAAGGUGCUGAAGAAACUCGAGGCAAAGCAGCAGCAUGAGGGUGUCUUUGGGCGUGCCCCGGGCGUGAGAGGCUGAGACGGCGAUGUGAACCCCGUCAGGAGUGAGAGCGUACCCAUGACGUGCCCCUUCAGCAAUGCCCGCGUGCCAGGGGUCGAAGAUGGAGGGAGUGUUGGCGGGAGUGGCGGCGGGCGUGUCGUGGGGACCGCCGGGGGACGUGUGUGGGAGAGAGGCACCUCCAUUGACACCACCAGCGGCGGAGGGAGCCCCGUCAGGCAACUGGGCAGCGUGCAGGAGAGGGUCAGCUCCUACACCCGUAUGACCCGAUCCCCUUCUGAGCCCGUGGUGGUGCGGCGCAAGACCUCCUCCUCCUCAAUUUCCUCCAGGCGCAGCGGCGGGGAUGUGCGCAGCAGAUUCAAGCCCCAGCAGGAGGACGGGGAUGACAACACGCCCCUGCUCACCCCGGCACGUGACUCACCAGACCCCAACCAGCCCCUCAGCAUCCACAACCUGACGGAGGCGGUGUGGUGCUUCAUAACAAUACCCGCUGACCAAGUGCUACUCUCCCUGGACACACUCCUUCGCUCCGGUGACCUCGAAUGGCGCGCCCUCAGGCGGAAACUGAGCAUCGUGGCGGAUAGUGUGCGGGAAUGGGACGACUGGCACCUGGACGACCUGCUCUCCACGCUCAUCACGCAGCUUGAAGUCGACCCGCAGGAAUUUAUGCGUCGUCUUGGGAAGGAGUACGUGCGGGAGUGUCGCCGGCAGUACGGCAAGGCCCUGCAGAGUCUUGGUUACAACCUGGAGGGCUUCCUCACCAACCUGACAGGCCUGUGCGACAUUAUCAAGACCAACGCCAACUUGAGGACCAAGAAUGACGUGCCGAGCCUCGUCUGCAACCGUCAAGGGGACAAAGUUGUGCUGCACUUCUUCACCAACAGAGAGCCCAUCAGGUAUUUCGUGGGCGGCGUCAUUGAGGGCGUGAGUCAACAGAUUUUCUCCAAAGACGUCAGAGUCUCCUGUGACAAGUGCGACACUCCCAACGGCGACCGCACCAAUCACCGGUUCUACUUCAAGUACUCGACGGAGGAAGUUUGUAGCGAGUCGAGUGGUGGUGUUGGUGGGGACAGUGGUGGUGAGGGAAGGACGAGUGCUCAGAACGGCCAGGUGGAGGGUGGCAGUGCGGGUGGUGGUGAGGGAGAGGUUCCUUCUUCCCCGAAGGUCAUCAACGCAGCCUCCUCCAACCCCAAGGACUCCAAAAUAAGCGUCGGCAGCUUCUGUAAGGCGUUCCCGUGGCACUUCGUAUGCGACAAGAACAUGAGGAUAACGCAAUUGGGGUCAGGCCUUUUGCAGGUAUUUGGUGAUCAGCCGGUACGUCAGAACCAUGAAGUGACUUCGUGCUUCACUCUCACGUCACCGGAGGGCACGAGUCUCACAUACGAGCAGGUGCUGCUACGCAUCAACACGGCCUUCGUGCUGGCCAUCAAAUACCAGAUCAGCUCCAGACACAAGCUGAAGAACAUGGAAUUCAAGGGACAAAUGGUGGAGUGUCCAGAGAGCGAUUCGAUUCUGUUCGUAGGAUCACCUCUCCUAGACGGCCUCAGCGGUCUCACCUCCUGCGGUCUCUUCCUCUCCGAUAUCUCCAUCCACGACGCUACGAGGGACGUUAUACUCGUCGGGGAGCAAUCCAGAGCUCAGGACGGUCUGAAGCGCAGGAUGGCUCAGCUGAAGGACUCUAUAGAGGAGACGAAUAAUGCCGUUGACAAGGAAAGGGAGAAGAACGUGUCUCUCCUUCACCUUAUCUUUCCUCCAGAUAUUGCAAAGCGGCUCUGGCUCGGUGAAGUGAUCCAGGCAGAGAAACACGACGAGGUGACAAUGCUGUUCAGUGACAUCGUGGGCUUCACCUCCAUCUGCGCCACCGCCACGCCCAUCAUGGUCAUCAACAUGCUGCAGAACCUCUACACCCAGUUCGACGCCUUCUGUGGCCAGCUGGACGUGUACAAGGUGGAGACUAUUGGAGACGCGUACUGUGUGGCUGGCAACCUCCACCGACGCAGCUCGUGGCACGCCCAUCAAGUGGCGUGGAUGGCGCUCAAAAUGAUGUACUCCUGCACCUCCCACACCACGCACGACGGCCAGCCUAUCCAGAUGCGCAUAGGCCUACACACAGGGCCGGUGCUGGCGGGUGUGGUUGGGACUGCCAUGCCACGCUACUGCAUGUUUGGCUCCAAUGUUACCAUCGCCAAUCAGUUUGAGUCCACCUCUGAGCCGCUACGAAUCCACAUCAGCCCGACCACCCACAGGAUUCUCGCCGCGACCCCUGGCUGGUCCUUCACGCCGAGGGACCGAGACUGUUUGCCCAAGAACUUCCCCGCAGAGGAGACCGGUAUCCCUUGGUUCCUGGACGCCUAUUACUUCGGGGACCUGCCCUCGGACACGUCGCUCCCUGAACACAUAGACGCGGCCAUGAGAGCCCUCUCGCUGGAACCUUCCUGAGGAGCUCCUGAGGGCGUCUAGGAUUAUGUAGGUGGAGGAAUGACUGGGUGCUGGGAGACAUAGUGAAGGAUGAAGGAUCUGCACUGGACGUGUGUGUGAGUGUGUUUGUGUGUGUGUGUGUGUGUGUGUGUGUGUGUGUGUGUGUGUGUGUGUGUGUGUGUGUGUGUGUGUGUGUGUGUGUGUGUGUGUGUGUUUAGGCAGUCAAAUAUGUAUAUGUGUAUUAUUACUAAGCCAGGCGAACAGACAGGCAACUGUGAUCGUGAGGUCAGGUGUGUGUUAAGGUUUAGAUAAUAGCAGGUUUGUGAAGAUUGCAUAUGUGUGUGUGUGUGUGUGUGUGUGUGUGUGUGUGUGUGUGUGUGUGAGUAUGAUGGCUGGGCGACGUUGAUAGAAAUAAUGAAAAUCUAAAAAACUUAAAAAGAAAAGUAUAUAUACAUAAUUAUAUUCUUGUACAUACCGUCGCUCUUAUUCUGAACUAUUUUAAUAUAAUAAUUUGUAUAUUAAAGCCUUUGCUAUGUAGGAUAUACACAAAAUAAUAUAUAAAUAUAUAUAUAUACACACACACCUAGAGAGAGAGAAAAUAAUAUAAUAUAGCUGAAUUUAUGUCCAAAAUGACUGCUAAUUCUUUGAUAUCUUAUGAAAGCCUCUAUAUUUUCUUUCCUCCCGUUUAUUUCAAGCGUCGUAUCGUGGUAUUAGAGUCGCCUCCGCCUCCCUGAUCUCCGCCACGUCUCGGGCAUCAGACAGACGCCAUCAGGAGCAUAAUAAAAGCCAAACUGUCUGCCUUGUGUCUCAGUGCGAGGCGGAAUACAGGGAGAGGAGUGUUGCUUCGUCUCUCUCUCUCUCUCUCUCUCUCUCUCUCUCUCUCUCUCUCUCUCUCUCUCUCUCUCUCUCUCUCUCUCUCUCUCUCUCUCUCUCUCUCUCACAGGCUAUCGUAAGGAGAUGAUUUAUUGUUACCUGUGUUUUUCCUUUAUGGGUUUUUCAGGGACGAGUGUUAUUGUGGUCCUCAAGAGGUUACCGGUUCUGUAUUUCUCGUUUAUUGAUUCUCUUAUAGUUUUUUUUUUCCGUGUGUGUGUGUGUGUGUGUGUGUGUGUGUGUGUGUGUGUGUGUGUGUGUGUGUGUGUGUGUGUGUGUGUGUGUGUGUGUGUGUGUGUGUGUGUGUGUGUGUGUGAGAGAGAGAGAGAGAGAGAGAGAGAGAGAGAGAGAGAGAGAGAGAGAGAGAGAGAGAGAGAGAGAGAGAGAGAGAGAGAGAGAGAGAGAGAGAGAGAGAGAGAGAUGUCGUUCCUUGUCAAUCAUAUUUACCGUAUUUGUUGUUGUGUUUUACGUUGUAUUUUGGUCUUCGUAUAGUUAGUUUCUAGAGGUAUUUUUGUAUGUUUGUAUGUCUUAUUUAUAAUUCUUCUGCCUCGCGUCUCUUUCUCUUCUUCAUUUUUUUUUUACUACAUUUCCCGUAGUGUGUACUUACUUAUACCCAUGUACAUAGUAUCGGAACGCACAAUACACAACAAUAUACAAAAGAGAGCUAUUCCUCAUCAGUAGUGCACACAACAGUAAAAAAAAAAAAGGAAAUGUAUUAUUGAUAAUUUGCGCUCCUCUUCUGUUCGAUAAUUUCUUCUGUCAGCAAGUUAUACAAAAGGAAAGGAGUGCAUUAUUGUUCUUAUCUUCAAAAAACAGUCUGCACAGUUUUGUCGAUAUUUUUCCCCCAUUUGCAGCACUACGUUAGCGAAUGUUUUACCUCAGUAAUGUUAUGUUACCUCGUCUGUGUUUUAUUUAUACUUCUUGUUCGUCUUGGUUAAAUAUGACGUCAAGCUGUACUUUUGCCUGAUUAGUCCUUCGUAGGUAUCAUCUCCCCAGUGACUGGUGCAUCCGUUCGUGACGUCAGGAUUCUGUUUCCACUGUUCAUUGGUUUGGUUGUCAGUGUGACGUCACAGCUUCAUUGCCUCCCCCGCGUGGUGGUUUAGUUACUACUUGUUAUUUACAUGAUGGUAAAAAUGUGGUUCUGAAACGUUUUGGCGCCGUACUUGGAUCUCUACUACUUUUUACAGGUUCUUGUGGAACUUAUCAGUGUUCUCAAGGAUGUUUUUUCAUGCUUCUAGUGGAAGACUGACAUGAAUUCUGCACCAUCACUAAAAAAAAAAGUACGAGAACCUCACUAAUUAUCUCUGUGGUUUUCAAAAUAAUCUUUAUGUGAGAUCAAAGACUUUCGGAGUGCGCGUCAAAGUCUAACUGAAAUUUUUUGUUGGCUGUAAGAUCACGUGACGUCAUGUUGUACUCUCAUUCUUAUUGAUAUCUUGCCAGUUAGUUGCAAGACGUCGUGCUUUAGUCUCAUCCUCAUUGGUAAGUGUCUGACUGGUUUCCGUGACGUGCUUUCCUCUCAUCUCAUUGGUAGUUUCCCUAUCGGUUUCCGUGACGUUUACCUCCACGUUCUCAUUCCUCAGUGGUUGCCUGUGAUGUUAAGGAGAUGGGAAGUACGAGUAACGGUACUAGCUCUCUUGUCAAUAAUCACCUUCAUGGUAACGAUACGCUACCAUGAGAAUAGUUCAUACAUGAGCCAUAGCUAUAAACCAAGUAUUUAUUUUUGUUUCUGUUGCUGUUGAAUCAUUACUAGAGGAGAUAAACAUGAGAUUAGCUUUAUUUAUCACCAAAGUAUUACUAUUAUUGCCCCUCGACUGGCUGGCAUGUAUAUGUAUAAUAUUGUUUUUAAUAAUGGUGCUUUUUUAGGGCAUAAACAACUCUGAAAGCUGACAGGAAGUUCGCCACAACGCCCACCAGCUGUAGGAGCGAUGCACGUCCCUCGACACAACAAGCGUAGGCCAAAUUUUACGUUCUUAUUACUAGUCGACAAAAAAACCUAAACAAAACUCCCGUGAUAUUACGAUGCAUUCACCGACCGUAGUACUGUAUCAGGUGGUGAUGCAGUUCAUUCUCUCGGUGGGUAGUGAAGAAGUGUGUGUAUAUACUACAUAAACCAAACCUUUCCUGCCCCUUCACCCCAGUCCAGGUCAGUCCCCACGUCUCCCAGUCCAGGCUAGCCUUGCCCCACAGCACACCACCUCCACCACCACCACCACCACCACCACCACCAUCACCACUACCACAGUCUCCGUUCUUCAAGAGUGUGGGAAGCCUGUAGUCACGUAAAUAGCUUCCUGGUGUGUGUCACGUUCCGGCAACACCUUCUAGUCAUUAUGUGCGUCUUGUAGCAGCUUCUACAGAGUCUACAGAAGCCUUUGCCUCUAUUCCGGUCCUUCGGGCAGCUUCACCCGUAGAGAGAGUGUCGAAAUAUUGUAAAAAGAUAACUAACUAAAUAAAAGAAUACUAACUUUUAAAAAAUGCCGUGUUAUAAUGAAAGAGUUCGAUCCUGUGUUCACCUUGGCCGCCUGGAAAUUACUAUACAUACAUACACAGGUGAUUUAAAAUAAUUUCCCUUGUGAAUAUUUGGGGUCAUUAUUAACAUUUUUUUUUUCAACGCCUGUGGUUCUUUCUUAUUCUUGUUCUUGUUCGUCUUGUUCUUGUUCUUGUUUUUUUAUUCUUAUUCUUGUUCUUGUUAUUGUUCUCCCUUUUCCCUUCCUCCUCUUCCUCUUCCUCUUCCUCCCAUACACAAACAAAAGCACCUUACAACAGAGCGAGAGAAGAAAGGCCAAGAUAGAACACAAGAUCGAACGCUACGUCUACUUUUCUACGUGUAUGGUGUUCCUCUUCCUCCCUUCACCAGGAUAUGUUUCACCAAUUACUCCCUUCCCUGCCCCACCCCUCAGCUCCUAAAUCCGUCACUCCCCCUUUCCCGGCACGUUUGUCUAUCCGUCUCCCAGCCACUCACCUCUCCUAAUAUAUAUAUAUAUCCAUGCAAAACCCACGUCCAUCCCUCUCUACCCUGACCUAAUCGUUUAUUUUGCCUUUCUCCUCCCUCCUUAAAUUCCUCUUUCCCUCUGUUUCCUCCUCAUUUCUCUCGUCUACACCUCAUUUCCCCUCCCUUACUCCUACCGUAUCCUCCCCCCUUUCUCGCUCCCUCACGUCUACCCGCCUCAGAUUCUUGCAGUUUCAUGAGGUCAAAACGAUGAGAUUUUUUUUAUCUUGUCCCCAACUCGCUUCAGGAAUUCGUUCAAGGAAAGGGAAGAGGAGGAGGAGGAGGAGGAGGAGGAAGAGGAAGAAGUGAAAAGGAGGAGGAGGAGGAAGAGAAGGGGAAAGUUAAUGUAUCAUAAUGUAAAAUAUGCCGCUGGAAUCAAUGUCUCACUUGUA